CUCAAUACAUGGAAAUCAGGCUGAAGCACGCUCUUUGCGGAUCAGCUUGAUGAAACUGAACUGUGACCAACUUCAUGGCGCGAUAAAUUGAAAAACACGGAAAGCAGCGCUCAGUGGAAUUUGUGGUUGGAGUUACGAAGAUAUUUACAAUCGUACAGACAAUAUAUUAUGAAAGCAAUGUCCCAUCAUUACGUAGUGACGGCUCAUAAACCGACAGCUGUUAAUGCUUGUGUGACCGGUAAUUUCACGUCACCUACGGAUUUGAAUCUAAUACUGGCCAAAAAUGUGCGUCUGGAGAUAUAUCUUGUGACGCCGGAGGGUCUGAGACCUUUAAAGGAAGUUGGGAUCUAUGGUAGAAUAGCUGUCGUAAAAUUCUUCAGACCACCGCAUGAAAAAAAAGAUCUUCUGUUUCUAUUGACAACACGGUAUAAUGCUAUGAUUCUGGAAUGUAUCGGGGAAGGGGAAGAUAUAGAAAUUAUAACGAAAGCACAUGGAAAUGUCGCAGAUCGAAUUGGAAAGGCUUCUGAAACUGGCAUCAAAGCUGUGAUUGAUCCUAAAGCACGAGUAAUCGGUCUUAGAUUAUAUGAUGGUCUUUUUAAGAUUAUACCCUUGGAUAAGGACAAUCCAGAACUUAAAGCAUCUUCCAUUCGUAUGGAUGAACAACAAGUGCAAGAUGUCAAUUUUCUACAUGGAUGUGCUAAUCCCACCUUAAUUUUAAUUCAUCAGGACAUUAAUGGUAGACAUGUCAAGACACACGAGAUAUCCUUGAGAGACAAAGAGUUUGUAAAAAUACCAUGGAGGCAAGAUAAUGUAGAGAGAGAAGCUAUGAUGGUCAUUCCUGUACCUUCCCCCAUCUGUGGUGCAAUAAUAAUAGGACAAGAGAGUAUUUUAUAUCAUGAUGGUACAACAUACAUUGCUGUGGUGCCUCCAAUUAUAAAGCAAAGCACCAUUACCUGCUACGCCAAGGUAGAUAAUCAGGGGCUAAGAUACUUGUUGGGUGACAUGGCUGGUCACUUGUUUAUGUUAUUUUUGGAACAAGAAAAGAAGCCUGAUGGCACGCAGGUAGUGAAGGACUUAAAAGUAGAGUUGCUGGGUGAAAUUAGUAUACCAGAAUGUAUAACUUAUUUGGACAACGGCGUAAUAUUUGUCGGCAGUCGUCUCGGUGAUUCCCAGCUGAUAAAAUUAAUUACAAAGGCAGACGAGAAUGGCUCCUAUUGCGUGCCGAUGGAAACUUUUACUAAUCUCGCACCUAUCGUCGAUAUGGCUGUAGUAGAUCUGGAAAGACAAGGUCAAGGACAGAUGGUCACGUGUUCCGGCGCUUUCAAAGAAGGUUCCCUUAGAAUUAUCAGAAACGGUAUAGGCAUUCAGGAACAUGCGAGUAUUGAUUUACCAGGAAUCAAAGGCAUGUGGGCUCUGAAGGUUGGCGGCGGAAAUUUUGAUAAUACGCUAGUGCUAUCGUUUGUUGGACAGACUAGAAUUCUGACUUUGAACGGUGAGGAAGUCGAAGAGACCGAUAUACCGGGUUUCGUCGCAGACGAACAAACGUUCCACACGGGCAAUGUUACUAACGAUCUAUUUAUUCAAAUAACUCCGACGUCUGCCAGAUUGAUUUCACAUGAAACCAAAAUCGUCGUCUCUGAGUGGGAACCGGAAAAUAAACGAACCAUUAGUGUAGUAGCAUGUAACGGCACUCAGGUUCUUUGUGCCACGGGAAAUGAUCUGUUUUAUAUGGAGAUUAUAUGCAAUCAAAUCGUACCCAAAGGGUUCGCUACCUUGCAGCACGAAGUGGCAUGUUUGGAUAUUUCUCCUUUGGAUGGCAUUAGCGAGGCCAAGAUCGUUGCUGUGGGUCUUUGGACGGAUAUAUCUGUUCGUAUCUUGACCUUACCUGGUUUAGAGGAGAUCAAUAAAGAGCUCCUUGGUGGAGAGAUUAUACCUAGAUCCAUCUUAAUGACUUGUUUUGAAGGUAACACGUAUUUACUUUGCGCGCUGGGUGACGGUAGCAUGUAUUAUUUUACUUUGCACAAACAAAAUGGUAUAUUGUCGGAUAAAAAGAAAGUCACCUUGGGAACUCAGCCCACUGUCUUGAGAACUUUCCGUUCUCUAUCCACGACGAAUGUCUUCGCAUGUUCAGACAGACCUACGGUGAUUUAUUCCUCAAAUCAUAAACUUGUCUUCAGUAACGUCAAUCUUAAAGAAGUGAAUCACAUGUGUUCGUUGAAUGCGGAAUCUUAUCCUGAUAGUCUGGCGUUAGCGACUGACAGUACUGUUACAAUUGGCACAAUUGACGAGAUUCAGAAACUGCAUAUAAGAACGGUACCACUCGGAGAGUCACCGCGAAGAAUCGCUUACCAAGAAAGCUCGCAAACUUUCGGUGUUAUCACAAUGCGCGUCGAUGUGCAGGAAAGCAGUGGCGUCAGCAUUGUCAGACACUCUGCGUCUACCCAGGCGGCUUCCACGUCCAGCAGCAGUCACAUCGCUUCGCACAACAAACCCAGUGGACAUACAGCUAGCGAGAUCGGUCAGGAGAUUGAGGUUCACAAUCUCCUCAUCAUUGAUCAACAUACCUUUGAGGUUCUGCAUGCGCACACGUUGAUGCCCACUGAGUACGCAUUAUCGCUGAUUUCGACGCGACUGGGUGAAGAUCCCACUUCGUACUUCGUGGUCGGGACUGCACUCAUAAAUCCUGACGAGACUGAGCCAAAGAUGGGUAGGAUAUUGUUGUAUCACUGGAGUGACGGUAAACUGACACAGGUUGCCGAGAAGGAGAUCAAGGGAUCAUGUUAUUCUCUGGUCGAAUUCAACGGAAAACUCCUGGCGAGUAUCAACAGCACCGUACGUCUGUUUGAAUGGACAGCAGAGAAAGAGCUCAGACUUGAAUGUAGCCACUUCAACAACAUUAUAGCGCUUUAUCUGAAGACUAAAGGUGAUUUUGUCUUGGUGGGGGAUCUUAUGAGGUCUUUAACAUUAUUGCAAUAUAAAACCAUGGAGGGCAGCUUCGAAGAAAUAGCUAGAGAUUACAAUCCCAAUUGGAUGACUUCCAUUGAGAUAUUAGACGACGAUACUUUCCUAGGUGCUGAAAAUUGUUUCAAUCUCUUUGUAUGUCAGAAAGAUAGCGCCGCAACUUCUGAAGAUGAAAGGCAACAAAUGCAGGAAGUAGGUCAGUUUCACUUGGGCGACAUGGUUAACGUCUUUCGACAUGGUUCGUUGGUAAUGCAGAAUUUGGGAGAGUCAAGUACACCUACUCUGGGUUGCGUACUGUUUGGAACUGUCAGCGGUGCUAUCGGUUUGGUGACGCAAAUCCCAUUUGCUUUUUACGAAUUCCUGCGCAAUCUCGAGGACCGACUGAACAGUGUGAUCAAAAGCGUAGGCAAAAUAGAGCAUAAUUUCUGGAGAAGUUUCAACACGGAAUUGAAGAUCGAGCAAUGCGAAGGGUUUAUAGACGGCGAUUUGAUAGAAAGUUUUCUCGAUUUAAACCACGACAAGAUGGCGGAAGUCGCGAUGGGCCUUAUGAUUGACGACGGCAGUGGUAUGAAGAAAGAAGCAACAGUGGAUGAUCUUGUAAAAGUGGUUGAGGAUCUGACGAGGAUACAUUAAACGUAUGUCAUAUAGAUAAACGAUAUUUUAAACCUGUGAAAAGUCUAUGAGAUGAGGAUAUAAACGAGAGAUGAAAAUGUUUAUACAGUUGUCUUUUUAUUAUCAGUGGUGAGAGUAAUAUGUGUGACAUAAGUUUUCUCUCUCUUUCUCUCCUAAUCUUUAGAGGUUCUUUCAUAUGUACACGUUAAACUUACAACGCGUUAGCGGUAUCGUUAGCAAUUUUGAAGGAAUUUGAAAAACCUUGAAAGAAUACAAAAGCAAGAAAAUUAGUGUACCCUUUACGCUAAUCUCUGUUGCACCAUUAUUUAGCAUCCAUGGUAAUGUAAGCUGUAUUUUUUAGAAUUUAUGCGUAUAUGAUGUAGAAAAUGCAGUAGGGAAACAUCCCCUAAUAAAUUAACUUCAAAAUGUGCUCGCAUUUGUAGUACCUUUAUAUCUUUGUAAGAUUGAGUGUAAAUAAAAAGAAUGAUCCAUUUUGAGGUCUUGUCGUUUAAU